UUCAGAACAAAUAUAUCCUAAAUUAACUGAUAAUAAUUUUCAACUAUCGCUGGAAUAAAAAUACAAGAAAUACGGGAUCAUGGACAACCAGGCCAGUGGAAGUGGCGAUAUUCAGUCUUCGAAAUAUUCGAGUACGAAACCCAGAAUCAGUCGCGAGCGAUCACAGGAUAUUCAGUCUUCGAAAUAUUCGAGUACGAAACCCAAGGUCAGUCUCGAGCGAUCACAGGAUUACACCAAAUUUUCAGGAAGUAAAGCUGAACCAAUUAGAGAUAGCAGCAGUGAGUCAUCUGACGAAGAACGUGGAGGCGUCGUUGCGGAAAACAUUCCAGAAGGAAGAGGAUCAAGUUAUCAGGCUAGCAAUCGUAUCAUGACUGAUAAGCAUGGACAAACAUCAGUUAAAUACGACGAGGAAGACGAGAGAAUGGAAAUUGAUUAUGUCGAUGACGAAGAUCAUCCAUUCAUGACCCCGGGCGAAGAAGAUAAUGAUGAUACUUCGCAUGAUAAUCGUCAGCAACCUCGAGGUCCCGGACGUGAAGGACCGCAGGUUGAAGAACCACAUGGCGACGAACAAGAAAAUAAAGAAGAAGAUGAAGGUACUGUCGUCACUGUGGUUCGAGAUGACGACGACGAACAUCAAAGAAAGGCGUUCAAGUCCAGGGAAGAGGAAAAAAAGAAGUAAUGAACGAUUGAAUGAAUUUUCAAUUACAUAUCAUCUUAUUGGAAUUUUUAGUUAUCAAAUAUAUGUGUUUGAACUAGCAAUGAUAGAAUGAAUUUUAAAUAACAUAUCGUUGUACCUAAUUUUAGGUUUUGAAUAUACGCGUUGAUAUGAUUGAAUGAAUUAUAUGUCAUCUUGUUGAAAUUUUGGGUUAUUGAA